AUCAGCUUUCGUGCCGUUAGGACGCGUUUUAAAUAUAUCUAUCACAGUUUUAAGUUUACGAUUACGUUCAGGAUAAUGCUCGCUAACAGCUUUGUGGUUAUUAUACUAUUGGCCGGCUGCUAUCUAACUAUAACUCAAGCAUAUCCAGCGCUCUUGCCAUAUAUCUAUAAUCCGUCACAUGCUUCACGCUUAGAUAAGCGCAGCGAUGCCGUCUUUCCCCAAAUCGAAGAUGAUGUGAGUGAGUUGGAUCAGCUGCGGCUGCGACAGCCGGAUGGCAGCACCGUGCGCACCACUACAACAACCAAGAAGAGCGAUCCACUAGCUAAUGCUGGUGCUGCUGCUGUGCCAGAAACCAUGCCGGACUUGGAGCAUCAGCUGGAGGUAGCCACGCCAUUCAUUUCCAUGUCUACAACUACAACCACCAGCACAUCGGCUACAACAACUGCUGACUUCAAAGACGAAUCCGAGCGCUCACAGCUUGAGGAGCCCAAGGCAGCUGGCAAGCCUGCGCCUGAGCCAAAUGCCCAUGCCAAGUGUAUAUCCACGAAACCACCCAAAAAUCAACAGGCAUUCUACGGCGCUGCGCGUCUAGCGUUUGGCCAAAAUCCCGAAGUGCUGCCCACAUCCUCCACAAGCACAACCACACCUUCAACAACAACCUCAACUACAACAACAACAACGACAACAACAACAACAACAGAAGCAGCAACAACAGCAGCAGCCGUGGAUGUUGCUGGUGAGCCGGCAGAAAACCCUGAGGCAGCGCAGGCUGAGCCAGAGAUUAAGCCAAAGGCUGCUGAGACACAUGAUAUCAACAAGGAAACCAUUGGCGACAUUCUGAUUGAUCAGCUAGAGGCAGUUGCCAAAACUACAGAGCGACGCUCCAGCUCACAGCGUCUAACGGCCAAGAAUGCACAGAAUUUACUGCGCAAUCCAAAUGGGCAAUACUCCUCCUUUGACAUGGCUCAAUAUGUUUAUUGGACUGGCGAUGAAGCAGGCGUAGCACGCGCUGUCGAAGAAUUAAUCAAUGAAAAUGUGAUUUCACGUGAGAGCGCUUUGAAAUUUUUGCGAGAUAUACGUCGUGGCAUAGAAUAUUUACAAAGUUCUUAUGCCAAUCGCAUAUUCCCCGAUGAGCUGCGUUCAAAUCAUCUCAAGCGCAGCAGUCCGCCCAGCACUACGCCAGCAACCUCUUCUACGAGCACUACUACAACGACAACUACUACAACUACUGAGAAACCUUUGCCGGCUAUACAUUUGGAACGGGAUGCCAUGAGUGUAGGUCACAACAAGGCUUUGGACAGCUUUAGCUUCUGGAACAAGCUAAAGGCGCUCGAUAAUGAAGCACCACAAGAUAUAACCGAGUAUGAUGACACUCUGGGACGUGCUAAGAUUGUUGAGUAUUUGUAUAAUGAAUACAGCUUGGAGGAAAUACUCUAUAAAUUGGCCAAGGUUAUGUUUGCGCAAUCCCUGUCCCAUGGCUCCGAUGAGGCACAGCAGGAGCUACAGAAGCUAACAGAGUUUUUGGAACGCGAGGGCAAUCUGGGUGUCAUACCUGCUGAUUUGCAAAAGAAAGUUUUGCGUGUGUUGCUAACUGCUUUAUCGGACACCCUAAGUGAACAUCCGGAGCUUUUGCCAGCUGCGCGUGUCAACUUGGCCAAUCCGUAUUUCCGGCUUCCAUUGCAUGUACCCAGCGCUUAAGGAGCGUAAAUAUGCAACAAUGUUGAAAUUAUUUAAUUAACAUUUUGGUAGAAAACUAAACUACAAAUAACAAUUACCAAAGAAAUUAUUCAGUUUUAGUGCUGAUAUGCAAACAUACAUAAUCUAUAUUAAAUAUGUGUAUUAAGUUAAUCGUAUAUAUACACAAAAACAGUUAAAGUACUAUGUCAAGUUGUAAUCCAUUUGAAAAAAAACCAAACAACUAAUGCGCUCUCUCAGAAUUGCAUAAGUUAAGCUUUUGACUGCGGUCAGCGAAAUAUUUCCAAUCACAAUUUUCAGUUAAAUAGUUCUAUUGGUUAACGGCUUAAAAACACUAUAUCUGUUUCUGUAUAAUUUUGUAUGCCUACUUGUAACAUAGCAACAAUUUCGUGAUAUUUUUGGCAGGCUAGAGAAACUGAAAAAUUUUUUAUAUUUAUUAUAUUAUAUAUGGACAAUGAUCUAGAGAAUCCAAAACAAAACAUAACCUAGCAAAAGAGAGACUUGCGCUAUUUUGAGCUUUUAAGCAGAAUAAAUAAAUAUAAUAAUAAUAAUAUAAAUAUAUGUAUAUGUAUAUGUAGUAUUAUUGUCAUGCUUGCUUGUAUUUGAUAUGAGUUAGUUAGUAAUUAUGAGGUUGAAGUUAAAUUUAUGUAUGUGUAUCAUUUUGUUAGUCGAAUAAACUAUGCUCUUGAUUAA